AUGUACAACGCCCUCGCGCAGACGGACCAGCUCGAUGCUGCGUCCUCUGCGUCCGACGAUGCCUCAGAUCGCUCGCCCGUCCUCGAGUCACCAGCCUUUGCGCCACUGACGCUCGACUUCGACAACUUCGGCGGUUCAGCGCACAGAGACGCCGCCAGCACCGCACCAGAAUCCCUCCUACAGACAGCGACGACGGCCAUCAUGGGCCCGACAGCCGCCAGCUACGAGCUGGUCGAGGCAGACGAAUACGCCGUGCCCGUCGAGAAAGCGAAAACCCCUGAAAAAAAGCCUGAGACAGAGAACAAGCCUGAGGAGCCAGUGAUGCAGACGCCUCGCAGCCGGAGAAAUUCAACGCCUCUACGCCAUCCAACGCCCGACUUGCAGUCGAUCCAGGGUGCCUAUGUCGGUAACGUGGAGAGGCUCGAGAAAUCUGCUGAGCGUAUGAGCAUGGAAGUCGAGGCCGAGAGGGUGCUGGAUACGCUGAACCGCAUGUCUCUGCCUCGGUCGAGGGCGGCGUCAGGGGCUUCCAUCGCCAAUUCGAAGGCCUCCCCUGGUUCUCCCAGCGCUUCCAUUGCUGCUGGUAUUGCUGGCCCUAUGGCUACGUCGGGAUAUGGGAGCCUGUCGAGACAGUCUUCGUUAAACAGGCCGCGGCUACGGUCAGGUUCAUCUGCGUCUCGACUGGCUCAUAUCAUCGAGCCAGAGAAUGAGAGUGCAGCGGAGAUGGCUCCUACCACCAUACCGCCUCCCCCUGAGCAGCACCGCCUGGAGCAUCCGUUGCAGCAUGAACAGCAAUUACAGAACGAGCAACAACAACAACAAGUACAAUAUGGACAGCAGCAUGCGCAACAGUACGAACAGUACGAGCACCAUGAGCAGCAUGAGCACCAACAUGAAGAACGGCCGGAUAGCGCUGCGUCUGGAGACACCUACCAGCAGUCUACAAACCUGUUUAAAGAUUUCGACGGCGUCCAUUAUACACCACAUAUCAGAGAAGUCCCUCCCUCUCGCGGCGUCUCUCUCUCGAAACCUCCUCUCGCAGCCGAAGCCGCACACUACAAUAAUCCUCCUCCCGGCCAGGACAUCGUCUACUACCCAGCCCCCGUGCCCAUGAUGCUCAACUUGCCCCAGCGGCUCUCCCGCAAGCCUGCAAUGUCCGAGCAAGAGAAACGACGUACACAACUGAUCAACUCAAUCUCCCCGGAUGCACGCAAGUCCGCUGCCUGGAUCACAGAUGGUGAACAGAGUUCUAAUGCGGGAGACAGAAUGAGCAAGCGGCUCUCCAAUCUUCCUCCACAGCUACGUGCAAGCGCCUUCUUCGACGCUCCUAAGACCCAGAUUGAUGUUCGUAUACAGGGAGAGUCGGCUGUUGCUACGUUGGACAGUAUACUAGAUGCUGCUGCCCAUGCUCCCGUCAGUGCCUUUACAGACCACCCUAUAGUCGGCCAUCUAGGCGCAGAUGUCUACAAGCAGAAAAGGCCGAAGAACAAGAUUAACAAAAAGAGAGCCUUGGUGAAGUCUGAUGGAACUAUGACUGAUAGAACUGUGUCCUCUACCACCAAAGCGGGUAGUCAUGUACGUUCUCCGUCGGACGGACAGAUGCUGGACAAUGUCGAUGAAAGUACCUCUUUGCGCAGUAAUUUCGACGAGCAUGCCACCCACGAAUAUUCUAGGACCCCAUCACCCUUGAGAGAGGCGGGAGAGCAUGAAGAAGGUGAAGAGGAAGAGGAGGACGACGAAGAAGAUAGUGAUGACGAGAAAGAGGAUGAUGAACCGAUCUUUGGACCGCCUACGACUCUACUUGCCGAGCUGCAGAUGCGAAAACAUGAGCAAAAAAUGAGAACCCGGACGGCCGCCACUGCGUUCCCCAACGGAAUGCACUCGACUCUACUUGAACUGGAUAGUGUUGCACAACGUCAGCGAGACAAGCGAGACAAGGGACGAGUGACACUCGCCUGGGAAGGAAACCAGGGUACAGCUCAGGACGAAGCCGACGACGACGAUGUCCCGCUUGGUGUACUGUUCCCCGAGCAGAGCAGACUCCAUGACGAGAACCGGCCGCUGGGACUGAUGGAGAAGCUUGUGCUUGAAGAGAGUGAGCCACUGAGCAGACGGCGGGCUAGGAUCAGGGGUGAGCCACUGAACACGGCCCGAGCAGGUACACCUCGCAACCUUGUGCCGAGAGACCCCAGUCCCGAUAAACGGGCCAGUGCAGCAUACACGCUGGAUAUUCCAGGUCUAACGAGCAAUAUGAACGGCAACGAGGAGAGCGGAGACGAAGAGGAGACGCUUGCACAGCGGAAGAGCCGUCUCAAGGCUCGCGAGGGAGGCAGCGACUUCGACGAUCUGAUAUCCAAGUUCGGAGACCUCGACAACGCCGACAAGGAGAAGGCCAAAGGUGUUCCAGAAACAUCAACAUUAACGUCAGCGGCGGCGGCACAACCAGCAGAGCCAGAGGAAGAAACACUUGGCCAGCGCCGCAAGCGCCUGCAAGCCGAAGCUAGGCUACACACCGGCUCAGCAUCAGCGACAUCUCUUCCAUUCCACGCCCGGAAGAGUAUGGCCAACGUGCUACAGGCACACCCGGCUCGUCCCGGCCUCGCAAGUGCGCACUCAGAGCUCGACGUGCGCUACCGGACACCAGCAGCCAUGGCUUCGACGCACUCUCUACUCAACCUCCCUCCUACACGCGCCUCGAUGCUGGCCAGCACCUCGUCACCACUUGCCAUGGCCGGCAGUCGUCUCUCCGGCACCCCAAUGCUGCCUUACAGCCAUGGUCCGCCACCGGGCACCGCUCCGGCCACGCUGAACGGCUCGGGCAUGCUGGGCAGCAGCACUGGUGCCGGUGGCUUCGGCUAUCCGACGAAUGGAUUCGUGUAUAACCCAGCAAGCAUGUAUCCCGCCGGUGGGCAGCAGGAGAUGAUUGAUCCUCGACAACGGGACAUGAUUGAUCGAUGGAGACUGAGUGUUCGCCAGUAG